AUGAGUUUGGUAAACGUAUAUAAAGGAAAUGUCCGUGUCAAAAUCAUCAGUGCGUGUGAAUAUAUCAUUGUAGCAGCAUCAAACCGUCAGGAUUACAAUGAACUGGGUAUUGUUUGCCGCUCUUACAGUGGCAUGUAAUGCUGCGAAAUUAGACCGUACAUAUUUACCUCCUGCAUCAGCUGCAACAGCUGGUGGAAGUCCAGGUUCAAUACAAACUCCUAUUGCAAAGUCUGAAAUAGAGAAUUUGCCACUUGGUAGCUUUGUUAACGAACAUGAUGGGGUUGUCAUUGAUGUUGGCGCUGCUGGCAUAAAAGCAGUGCAAUCCGGCUUAGGAGCUUUAAGAAUAUCAUACGGAUCAAUGGAUUCUAAAGUAGGAGAGGCAGCGUUCAGAGGUACAAACCAGGCUCACGUAGCAAACCCGAUUUUGGAUUACAACCCUGACCUGUCAGCUUUCAAUACGCCGAAGAAACCGAUGAGAUCUGAAAUUCAGGUUACACGUGACCGUGGAGCUAGUAUUGUUAAGUACCACAAUGAUAACAACGGUGAGCGUUACAGCUAUGGCUAUGAAACUGAUAAUGGAAUAAAAGCUGAGGAGAAUGGAGUAGCCAUCAAUGGUGUUCAAGCUGAGGGUGGAUUUUCCUAUGUGGGUGAUGAUGGGAAAGUGUACAGUGUCGUCUACACCGCCGAUGAGGGUGGUUAUCGGCCGAUGGGUAAUCACCUCCCGACUCCACCACCUAUACCGGUGGAGAUAUUGAGGGCUUUGGAGCAGAACAUGAGAGAUGAAGCAGCCGGUAUUUUUGAGGAUGGCUCAUACGAUGCACGAAAAUACAACAAUAAUGAUUAUAAGCAAGCUGAGAUCAAUAAUAAAUAUGAUGACAGACAAACAAACAUGUUUAAUGUUCAAUCUGGGCUCAUCGCUAAUAUGAAUGGAGGAUUCAUGAAUAACAACCCAGCAGCUGCUGUCCGACCAAACCCAAUAGAAUUGUUUGGUACACAAACUGAAUCUUCGAAAUUUGGUGCUGUGAAUAAGUUCGGGACAGAUUUUAACAAAGGAAGUGGUUUAGGACAAAACCAGAUGAACAUAAAUGCUGAACUUGGCUCAAGAAAUGAAUAUUCACAGAAGCAGAAUGCUCAAAAUACAAUUUCUUCUAAUUUUGAGUCCUCGUCUACGAACAUGAACGGCAGUAACAGUUUUACGCCCGCGAAGCCUCUUUCACAACAAGCACUUCAGGAAACAAUGAAUUUAGGACAAGGCCAACUUGAUAGCCCAAGGCCAAGUUCAUACGAUACCUCGAUAUCAUCAGUGACUUCUGAGAAGGUAUCUUCAGAAGAUAAACAAAAGAAUAAUCAAGAUUUGGGAAUAAAUUUCUCGAUAGAAAGUAAUCAAAACAAACCAAGCAACAAUGGUCAAUCAUUAAUGGCACCGAUGCAGAAAUUACCAACAUAUAAUAUUAACAAAAAUACAAGUCCACAAUAUACGCAAUCAACGCAACAAAGUAACGAACAGAAUCUUUUUGGAACUACUUUGGGUUCAAACGGUUUUAACAACCAGUUGACACAAACCUCACGUGGUCCUCAAGGUUCUCUACAAUCUUCUAUUUCUAGUCCUUCUCGUUUAGAUAACACUUUACCGUCAAGUGCAACAAUCAAUGCAGGUAAUUUAUUAAUUGCGUCGAAGCCUGUCAUUUCUACAAAAGAACCAGAAAGAACUUUAACAACUCCUUUAGAGUCGAUUUCAACAGAAACAGAUAAUAAAGACUCAAGUUUAAGUUUUACUCAAGCGCAAUAUACAGGUUCGAAUUUUGCCAAUAUGCCUGAUACGACAAUCACGGACUUCACUUCCGAAUUGAGUGUCAAACCCUUUUCUCAAAUACAAAAUCUUAAUUCUAAAACAACACCAUCCCAAUUUACAUCAACUAGCAGUAACAAAAAUGACGUAAAAGUUACAAAUUCUUUUCAAUUGUCGUCCGAAAAUUUUGUUACCCAAAAUCAAAAAUUUGUUUCCAAUAGCAAUAAGCUUGAAAACAUCCCAUCAAUAACUUCGACUAAACCUAACAAUAUUUACUUCUCUCAAAGCACUCAAACACCAAGUUCUACUCAAUUUAAUCAGCAAUCACAAGGCCCAACUAGUUCUUAUAAUACCAAUCAACCGUCAAAGCCUUUUAACUCGGCAUUCUUCACACAAGAAAAAAAUUCUCAAAAGUUUCCAACCACAAUUUCUUAUCAAUUAAAUAAGGAAGCUACGGCCACUAAUUUUAAAACUGACAGCAGUAAAGAAAUGACAUCGACAACCUUCAGUGACAUUACAAGUAGAUUCAACACACAUAAAUAUUAUACUCCCUCCGCGCCAACUACAGUAUUUGAAAAUAAAGGUCAUCUACCCACAAAUGGCAUAACUCAAGCUUCUAUAUCGUCAUUUCCAUCGAUAUCUCCCUCUUUGUCAAAUUUUGAAUCUUCGAGUAAAUUUUCAUCUACUCCAUCCGUCCAGCAAAGUACACAAAACUAUUACAGACCGGUACAGUCUUUAAAACCGACUAAGUUGACGACAACUACAGUAUCAGAGUCAUCUUCCACCGUUCAAAAUAAAAUGGAAGAAAAUAACUCACAGACCCAACAGUAUACUACAAAUAUUUAUGAGUACAAUAAGCCAACACAAUCACUGGCAUCUCGCAAUGAACAAAUGGCAAAUCAGCAAGACAGUCAGCUAAACACUCAGUUUGGGAUGACAACAACGGUUAAUGUUCAAGAAAAUGACGAAUCAAAACGGAAAGAACAAAUUUUAUUUAAAGAUGUUACUCAAAAUGAAGACUACGACAAAAAAACUACGACAUCAUCAUUCCAACAAACAACUCUGGAAGUUGACGAUAAACUAACAACAUCUAACAUGCAGAAUCCCACAGAUGUAUCAGAAAUAAAUACUCAAACUAGAGAUUCCGAAACCACACCUCAGUUUGAAGUUUAUGAAUAUACUAAACCAACUCAAAUUUCAACGAGUUCUGUAAAGCAACAGUUUGGAUCAAAUAUUCCUACAACUCAAUUCAAUAGACAAUCAAAUAGAAAACCUACCACCUCAUUUACGGGAAGCUACACCGAAACUAUGGAUAGUUUCCAGGCGCAAGAUCAACUUACUACUCGAUUUGACAAAUCAGAAUUUGAAAGAAAAACUGAGACGCCUGAAUAUUCCCAAACUUUAUCUACAUUUAAUGAUAUGCCGACUAUUUAUCAAUACACAAAACCUGCUCAAUUCAUAUCAACCUCUCAGCAGAAAAACUAUAAUACUGUAACACAGACUGAAGAAAGAACAGAAAAUACUUUGUCUACACAAAUUGGUGAAAAAUAUUUCGAUAAUAACAAUUUUGGCAUGAAAAUAUUACAAAACGACUUCAAUUCAAAACCAAGUAACAGUUUUCAGUCUUCACAAGGAAAUCAACAAACUAUGACGCCGUCAUUCAACAAAAUAACAAUGCCUAGCAUGUCACAACAAACCUCACAGGAUAACAUUAAUUUACAGAAUCAAGAAAAUAAGGGUGAAAUAUAUGAUUAUAGAAAGCCCAAUGAAACGUUUGUGUCUGCAGGACAAAAGGAAAUUAAUCUAAAUCAGAAACCAAAUGCUGCGUUUAGUUCAGGUUCUCUGGUACAGGCUAAACCUGGAUCAAGCUCACUGUCGGAAGAGAUUUAUGAUUACUCGAAGCCAGCUCAAGUUUUAACUACCCCCACUCAAAAUAAUGCUUUGAAUCAAAUAAGAAAUCAGCAGUUCGGAAACAGAUUAGACAAACUUAAUUCUCAGAAAACCACGUUUAAUCCAAAUCAAGAUGACGAAAAGCUAACCACUCAAACGGAGGAAUUCAUGACCACAUCCAUGGUAACCCAACCAGACUAUCAAGAAGAUAAGGUUUCUCAAACUGACAUUACAGCAGUCACCUCUCAGGACUCUUUCACUAUUGGAACUAAUUCGAAACUCAACACUCGUCCACAGUUAUCGUUUUACAGCGCAUGUUGCAGAGGACCUCAAUCUCGGAAACAGCAAUUAUCCGGAAGUGUCCAAAGCACUGCCGAUGGCAAAAUUGUAUCGGAAAAGAAAAUUGCUAUUAAUCAAAAUUAUGAAUCGCAAAAAUUAACUACCCAAGCUUCCAAACAACCAGAAAACUUCGGAGGACCUAGGAAACCACCUAGCUUCGAUGAAAAAGGAUAUCAUUACUAGAAGUAAAUUGUCUGUGUAAUAAAUACAAGUAAGAAAAUGUCGAACAAAAUGGGAUGGGGAAUAUCGAUUUAAGUUAGAACUUAAUUGUAUAAAUAAUAUUAUGUAGUAAAUUAUUAUGUACAUAGCAAAUAAAAGUAAAAA